AUGUCCAGUCCGAUGGAGGUUAAUGAAUUGCAUUCGGGGCAAAACAAGACUAGCGAAAUCACUCAGCCACCUGCGGAUAAAUUCACUAGACGUAUAGUGGAGCAAGCGGCAAGUUUAGUUUCCAAGAAGGGGUUGGAGUUUGAGAAUGCUCAUCACGCCUAUUACAAGCACAAGCUCGCUGAAUACUGUGCACCGAAUCAAAACCGAGAUCCGGAUGAUGAUAGUGUUGAUUAUGAAGGUUUUCUCGAGCCUGAGGAUCAUCUAAGGAGUCUUGAGAUCUUUGACACGCCUCCACAUGUGAGAAUUAAUACUCUUAUCGAGAGAACGGCUCUAUUGGUUGCCCAAAACGGGUCUGAGUUUGAGAGCACGGUCAUGAACCGUACUGCGGAUGAUCCAAGAUUCAACUUUCUCAACAUUCUAGAUCCUGAUCACGAAUUUUAUAGUAGCAAGCUUCGUCAUUACUCUUCUAAGUAUCCAGGCAGACGAGCUCAACGUUUGAAUGUUGUAUCAAAUGCACUUUGUGUACUCCCUGAGUGUGUACGCCCUAAAGGGAUGAAGCUCACGGAGCUUGACACUAUUAGGAUGACAAAGCCUCACUUUCAUCAGUUUCUAAAGCCCACUGAUAGGUGGUUCCCUUUUUUUAAAGAAGUUGUUGCUUCGUGUUCGCAGGUAUGGAAGCCCCCCAAAGAUUUGAAUGAAGAUCUGAGAAAGAAUCCUGAUCAAAUGGAUUCCAUUUUUAAAGAUUUAUUCUUGUUUACUCGUUUCCAUGAGAUUAAUAUAAAGCUUGAUUCUCGGGCCAAAAUAUAUUUUGCUAACAAGGAGUUGCCACCAACUGUGGAACAAAAGUUUGACGAGUUAGCCCUUGUUCCAGGCCAGUUUCUUGCUCAACAUCCGGUAUAA